UGCAUCAGAGCGCCACUUCUCCCCAGGUUCACCAGAGGAAACACCACUGCACAAAAUGCUUUUCCUCCCAGCUGCUGCUCUGUGCUGUCUGUGUUCAGCGCUGGUUGCCAUGGCAGCAGAGCAGCUGAUUCAGGAUGAUUUAACAUUGACCAGGAGAGUUGGUGAAAACGUCUCCUUCACCUGUCGAAACACUGACCAGUGUGAUGGUGAUUAUGUAUACUGGAGCCAGAAGAGAGACACAGAAACAUUCACACGGAUUCUUCGUAUUAGAAGGGAUAAUGGUGACAUAGAUAAGGAGAGGUACAAUCAUCCUCAGAAAGAUGAUUUCUCAGCUGUGUAUGAACAGAACGUCUGUGAGUUGCAGAUCCAGACAGUUAAACUCAGUCAUUCAGCCACCUACUACUGCUCCUGUUUGAAGAGAGCUCCCCACAGGUACGAGAUCUUUGGCUCAGGAACUAAACUGUUUGUAACAGAUGAGCAGGUAGUGAAGCCCGUGGUGAGCGUGUACCCAGCAGCAUCCAGAGCCCACCUGGAGGGGAGGAGCUCCCUGCUGUGUCUGGCCUCAGCCAUGUUUCCUCCUCUGGUCCGCUUCUCCUGGAAAAGACAAGAGGAGAAUGGACCUCUGCUCCCUGCUGAGGGAGAGCAGCUGGAGCUCAGAGAGUCGGGACGCACCGCCGCCAUCUUGCUGAUCCGUGAAAAAGAGAUCGGUACAUAUAAAUACCGCUGCUCCGUCCAGCACCAGGGGGGCACAGUGGAGGCCCAAACACAACAAGAGGUUCCAGCUCCAGCAGCCUCCUGUCCUCCAGAGAGAGAGCCAGCAGACCUGCCAGCUCUGCAGCAAGCUGACUUGUCCUUCCAGUCUCAGUGCAGGGUGAAGCUGCUCUGUGUGCUGUACACAGUGCUGAUAGUGAAGAGUCUGGUGUACUGCUGUGGACUCUCUCUGCUGAUGAUCCUCAGAAACAAGGGGCCGUCCACCAACUGCACACAUGCUGACUGACUGUUUUCUGCUCGCCUUUUCUCGCCAUCAAAUCUCAUCAGUUCAUCUCAUUUAUCACUUUGAUCAGUCUUCACAAAUAUCACAAGUUAGAUAGAGUCAUCCUCAACAUAUAAAAACACACACACACACACACACACACACACACACACACACACACACACAUAUAUUUGCAAGCGUAAAUUCUGUCUUGUGUUAUUUUAAUACUUCAGUUUGUUUCCACUUUUAAAUUUGACUUGUAUAAUAACAGAAAUUGAAUCAUGAGCUGUCUGUCAGAUAUUUUAUUGUUUGUAGUAUUUCUUCUGUUCUUGUGUUUCUUUUUAAUACAUUCUGCAGAGUGUGGCAGGUUUGUCAAAUUCUUUCAGUGUCACAUUCUCAAUAAAGUGAAAAAUCAAAGUGUCUGUGUUUUAUAAACCUCUUUGUUUUGAUGGAUUCCAGUUUGG